UUUUUUUAUAUAUAAAUUGGUUUAUUUUUUUUUUCUCGUUGCGAUGAAUACAUUAUCUUUUCCUCUCUUUCAUACACCUAUAGGAAAAAUCCUUUUCUAUUAAAAGUUUUAUUAUGCAUUUAUCUAAAAUUUUUUUGUUGUCCUUCUUGUUUACCGCUCUUUUCUACGAAUGCUUGUGUGUGGAAGCAGUGAACGAAGAUAAGUGCUUAGCCGACAUCGGAGAUAGUUUUGUCAAGAGAAUUGCUAAAUGUAAAGAUGAACAUUGUGUGAAAACAGUCUAUGGAUUCUUUAUCUUGGGAGCAUGGUUUCGAUGCAAAAAAAACGAUAUUUAUGAACUGUGUUACCAAAGACCAAACAAUGGCCUUCGGUGUGUAGCAGGCAAAUCUAAUGUUCUAUUCUUUGGUUUGCGAAAGUGUGAAAGCUAUCCGGGACACGCCUUUUGGCUAUAUCUUGGGAAAACGAGAGGGAGAGAAGAAAAAGACUCACAGGGAAGCCAUCAUGAUACCGCGAGGUUAAAUCUUUUGCUAUAUCUUUCUGAAAUGGAAAGCACUGAUAUUUAA